CCCUUUUUCGCACAGGGGGUGGGGGCGGUCACGUGGCUCCGAGGUGCGCUUCUUAGGGUUGCUGCUUCCCGCCCAGGCGCGGCGGUUGAGGAAGAUGAGAGAGGAAGGAUUAUCGUCUUUAAACAGUUUCCAUCUGGCUUGGAGGGAAGGGGGAGGGAAAAGAGAAGGAGCGGGUCAGGCUGAGGAGGAAGGGUAGAGUGAGUGGCAGAAAGGAAAGAAGGCUGGCAGGACAGUGUUUCUGGAGCCGCCAUGACCUCCAGAAGAUGCCCUGGGCGCAGGAGGAAAAAAACAGAAUUUCAGCCCAAGAGAGUGACAACAAGAGAAGAGCUUGUGUUAAGAGAGCCAUUUUCUGAAAGUGAGAGAUCUUUAAAAUCAGAAGACAGCUCGAUCAGGAAAGACAAACUCAUCCAAAAACUGCAAUCAGAGAUUGAAUAUCUGAAAACAAAAAAUCUUGACUUGGAAAAGCAUGUUAAGCAACUGCUUGAUAGUAGCGUGGAAGCAACGACUCAGGUGGAUGAUUUGGCUUCUAAGAAUGAAUAUCUGCACAAAGAACUUGCUCAUGUGGACAAAGUAGCAGAACGGCUGGAAAAAGAGAAAGAAUUUGCAUUGGAAAGUGCUGACCAGGAAGUUUCAGAAGCUAAGUCUCAGAUUAAAUGUCAACAAAAUACUAUACGGAAGUUGGAACAUACAAUCAGCCUCCUUAGAACUGUUAUCUUGAACACUGGAAAAUCACAAGAGAGUUCUCCCUCAAAGCAUACAAAUUGUAUUAAGACAGUAGAAGAAGAACAAGAUCAUUAUAAAACUGAAGCUGAACAUUUGAAGAAAAUGCUCCGGAGCACAUCUUUAAGUCCUAAACGCAAGUCCUUUUGUUCUGCUUCAAAUAUUUCCUCCCCCGUUCAGAGAAAUCGUUCUGAUCCAGAAUUUCAGCACAUCUUGAAAGACUGUGAAGAAUAUAAGGCUAUGCUAGAAAAAUAUGAACGCCACGUUGCAGAAAUUCAGGGUAACAUCAAGGUUCUCACAGCAGAAAGAGACAAAGUGCUCUACCUUUAUGGCGAGGCACAGGAAGAAAUAAGUCAACUGCGAAGAGAAGCAAUCAGAAUCCCGAAAGCUUCUAAAACUGCAAUGACUACCCAGGCUAUUUUAAGACGAGUGGAAACAGAAAGGGAUACAGCUAUUUCUGAUUUCCGAAGGAUGGCCACAGAACGUGAUAGCUUAAGAGAGAGGUUAAAGAUUGCCCAGGACACAGCAUUUAAUGAGAAGGCUCACCUAGAACAGAGAAUUGAGGAGUUGCAGUUAAAUGUGCAGAGUCUUGAUCAAGAACGAUUAGAACAGAUAUCAAAGAUGUCUUUGAUGAAGGAGACUAUCGAGUCUGUGGAAAUGGAGAUGAAAAUAUUGGCAAGAAGAGCAAUGGAUUUUGAAAGUGAGCUAAACAGACAAAAAGCAGCAAAUGUUUCCUUGAGCAAAUUGAAUGAAAAAACAGAGCAUAGCCUUUCAGAGGCUCAAUGCCACCUUUCGAAGAAAAAGUACGAACUGCAACUAAUUCAAGAGAAAAUUAUGUGUCUAGAUGAAAAAAUUGAAAAACUUUCGAAAGAAAACCUUGCUCAACAUGAAGAUAUGUGUACACUCAAUGAAACAAUAACUGAACUGGAAUCAGAAAAAGAAUCUUUACAAGACCUUCUGGAAGAAAAAUCAGAGAAAAUUGCCACCCUUGAAGAAAGCUUGACUGUUAAAGAAAAGACCAUUUCAGAUUUGAAGUGCAUACUUUCUGAUAUGGAACAUUCAUCAACGAAUUCUACUGAAGCACUACGCAGAUAUGAACAGGAUAUUACUAGACUACAUGAGCUGCUUGAUGAUGCUAAUAAUGAACUUACUCAGAUUGGCAGAGAAAAAGAGGCUUCCGUUCAAGAAAAUGAAAGGCUACAGGAAGAACUGUAUGAUUUUAAACAGGAAAAUCAGAUUCUGCAUCAAAAACUCAAUAAAUGUCAAAAUGAACUUGAUGAUGUGAAGUUGAAAACUGAAGAUUGGCAUACUGAUAUUGCCAGACUGAAGAGCAUACUGAACACUAAAGAGAUAGAAUAUAAUGAUCUUUUGGAGAACUGCCAGAGGGCCAACGAACAGGCAGAAAAAUGGGAAACAAAAUUCCACCAAAUAGAAGCAGAUUACAAUUCUUUGCGAUGUGAACUUCUCAGUAUAGAGUCUGAGAGCGACAGAUUGAAAGAACGAACAGAGUCCCUUGAAACAGAGAUUGAGCAAUAUUUAGUAUCAGAAAAAGCCUACAAAUCACAGAUUUCUACUUUAGGCAAGUCUCUUGUGAAAAUGGAGGAGGAACUUCACAAAUCUCAAUUGGAAAAAGUUUCUAUACUCUCAGAUCUAACAUCUACGAGAGAACUGUGCAUUAAAUUGGACACCAGCAAAGAAUUAUUAACUCGGCAGCUAAAUAGUGCAACACAAGAAAUUGAAAAAUUUCAAAAUGAAUGGGAAACAUCUGAAUCAGAAAUAGAGCUUCUCAGAAAACAACUUGCUAAUGAAAGAAUCUCAAUUAAAAAUCUGGAAACAUUGGUAGCCUCCAACAGAGAAAAUGAAUUUCAAUCUCAGAUAAUAAACCAAGAAAAGAAUUCUGAAAUACAACUUCUUAAAGAACAGCUUUCUCAGGCCGAAAACAAAAUUGCUAUCCAGAGUCGAGAUUAUUCGCAGCUGAAAAACACAAUAACUCAACUAGAAUCUGAGCUAGAUAUUACCAAAAGACAGUUGAGCACUGAACGCUUUGAAAGGCAACGUGCAGUCCAAGAACUUCGGCGCCAAAGUCUUACAGCUUCAUACCACUUAUCAUCAACAAUAAAAUCGUCAUCGCCUGAACGUUGCCGGCAUUGGUCUCCUGAUAGGACUCUGGACAGAUCUUUGGAAGGUGACUCCCAUAUGAGUUCAGCAAGGACAAUGGAGACCAAAUUACAGGAACCCGAAGGAUUUGGCGAGGAAUAUUCAGGAAAGAAGAAGUCUAAAUUUAAAUCUAUCAAAAAGUUCUUUGGGAAGAGGAAAAGGAAGGAGACACUAUCAACUUCCGAAACUGGUAACCUGAAACCGUGUCAGUCUGCAAGCGAUGUCACAGCACCACAGGUCACCCAUAUGGAUUAUGAUUCUGAAGAUGAACUUGAGAUACACAGAAGCACAAUGGGAAGCAGAGCCCUGUCCCAUGACAGCAUUUUCAUUCCAGAACCUACACAAGAGCCUGUUGGGCCAGUUCGGGUGUUUUCACAGGAAAAUGUUUCAGAUCGAAUUAGGGCUUUGCAGUUGAAGCUCCAGCAAAAUUGGAAACCAGGUAUCCCAUAUCCAUCUGGAAUCCCUUCAAAGAGAGUGGAUGAUGCUGGGAUGAACUCAGAAGAUGAUGGAUUACCCAGAAGUCCACCAGAAACAUCUUUGCUACAUGAAAUCCUAAAUUCCAGCACAACAAAGUUUUCUGACUCUCACAAGCAUCUUAGCUCUUUGAGUUUAGCUGGAACAGGCAGCGAAGAAGAAGAACAGGUUAUAUCAAGUCCUCUGGGAUUUCAUUCUGCAGAAAGCCAUCUAUUUCCCCAGGAGCCAAAUUCUAAAAUUAUAACACUGAGAACAUCUGAUUGCAGUCUCUCGCCUCCUGCUGAUUUUGACACUCCACCUGAGUCCUCUUCUUGCUUGGAUAAUUCGGCCGCAAAGCACAAGCUUUUAGUAAAACCACGGAACCAGAGAUCUAGCAGAACAAGAAGACCGCCUUCGAGGAGCCUGUCAACAUCUCAGAAUGAGUUGAGCAGCACUCUUGAGCAAGAUGAAAAUGAAGGGAAAGAGAUGGUGCCUGAACAGAUCAGUGAAAGAGAAGAAUCAGCAGGGCCUCCAUCUGAGAUGACAUAUGGCCAGCCAUCUGAAAUAUCCAAGGACUUUCAUCAUAAAUUAACUCCCCAAGAUGGAAAUAUAUGCAUUCUGCCAUCCACUACUGAGUUGGAUUUACUGUUCAAUGAAAAUAAUCUAGAGGACUACCUAACUAUGCAGGAGUUACCACCAUUGCCUUCACCUUCUGUUUCUAAAGAAGAUACAGUUAUCCUGUAUCUUACUCCAAACCAAGAAAAAGAGCAAUCAGGGCCAGAAAAAGUGUCAUCUGGGGAUAUAAGUAGCAUGUCAGACAGUAUUUUACACCAAGAAAGUAAGCAGACUUAUGACACAUCAACAAAAAAUGACAUGCUGUUUGAUCAAAAUGUCAUAGUUCAAAAUGAAUUGAUCCCUUCUUUAGAUAGAACAGAAAAAACAGCUCUGAAAGAUCCUAAAUCGCUUUUGGAAGAAAUCUGUAGUAAAGGAACCACAAAGAGAUCUCCUUCAUUGACCAAUUAUGUCAGCGUUUCACCAAAAAAUACUUUCCACUCCACAUGUUUGCCCUGCCAUGAAGACAACAGUAUCAACAGAACAUCAUGUACAGUCUCAUCGCCACAGAUGGAGAGGCCUUCUUCUUUGACUCCAGACACAAUGAAACGAAUCCAGAAGGAACCUGAAUCUGAUAAAGAAACCGAUUGCAUGCCAAUAUCUGUCCGAUUAGUUUUGGGAGAGAAAGAGGAGAAAGAAGGCAGUGAACUCUACAGCUUAAGAAAAUUUUCUGUUUCAUCAGCACGAGGAAGGCCAAGGACUGGCAGCUUGAAUAUGAAGGAAACUUUAGAACGUGAGAAUCCCUUUGUCACAAAGAGCUUGCAGUUGAAAACAAAAAGCUCCUUAAAUAAUUAUGUGGAUAUGAAUUUACAUAUGGAUUGUUUUCAAGAAAAAACAAUAUGCACAAAGAAACAGGUACCCCAAUCUGAGCCACAAUUAGAAAUGGUUGAAGGAGCGACAGACAGAGUAGUGGCUAUUUCACAACCCCAGUCCGUAGAUUCAAAACCAGUGUUGAGUAAGCCUUCCUCUGGUCUUCCACAGCAAUCAAGUGUUGGCCAGACAUGUUGUGAAGACAAAAAUCCCUUUCAAGUCAAACUUAGAUCCACAUCUUUAUCGCUGAAACACAAGGAUGGCUUCCUACAGGAAUCAAAGGAGGCUAAAAGAUACAGCACAGAGUUCAGUUUAGAAAAAGAGGUACUGCCUGUGUCUUCACCAAAAGGUGAAAAAGCAGAGGUCAGGAAAACAUCAGAUGUAAAUAUCAAUCACUUCUCAAAUGAUGGACUUAAAAUGAAAUCAAAGGCCUCCGAACAGGGUACCACAAAGCCUCCAUUGCCAAGGAAGCCUGCUUUGCAACAUUUCAUCAUUAGUGGCACAAAUGCAGUCACCGAAAAGCAAGAAAAAUUAAGCAAAUAUCCUGAAUUAAAAAAUGAAGAGAAAGAUUCAGAGAAGAAGCAGAGUCCUGUUGAAGUGCACGAAAAAAGUGUACCAUCUCAUGGGAUUUUUGUCGAUGCUGAAAGAACGACUGAAACCCAAACCAUGCCAGCCUGGAUUUUUAUAGCAAAACAAAAGCAGAAGGCCAUGGAACAGGAGCUUAGCAAAGAAGAUAAACCAGUGAUUCAGGAAGAGAAGACAGAUUUGGAAAGGCAAAUUCAAGAGAAUGAGGGAGUGGAGGAAGCAGUGAGGCAACAGCCAGAUUUCACCCGGAGCACAUUUUCGCCUUUUCCACCAACUGUUUCCUCUGAAAAACAGAAGAAAGAGACAAAGUUGGAGAUACCGGAGUCUUUGCCGAAAACCAGCAUGCUGUCACAUCAUAGUCCUGUUCAGUUUUCGCUGGUGCCAACUGAAAAAGAAGACAUAAAACCACUAAAGAAAAUCAGUCAUUCAGAUCAACCCUCCUGGAUGGAACUUGCAAAAAAGAAAUCUCAAGCUUGGAGUGAUAUGCCACAGAGGAUAAAGUAAAGCAAGCACUUUCUACCAGUUGUUAAUGCUAUUUAAGAAAUUUUAUCAGACUAUGUUAACUGAAUGGCUCUAGAUCAGUCAUUAAAUCUAUGGCAUGUGAAAUAUGUCAUGCAUUCAAGAAAUGUAUAUGAAAUGCUGGUUAUACAUUUGUGUGUUUAUCCUGCUAUAACAAAAAGGACAGUGCUCAAAAACUGCUUCAGAUAUCUACUCAUGUCUUUGAGAAAAGUACUUGAUGUAGUGCAUAUCUUGUAUUUUCUUGAUUUCCUCUUUCCUGCAAUAUGGUUAACCAUAAAAAAAACAUUCUUAGAAAAGUUUGUUUCUAAAUUUUAGUUGAGCAAUUUUUUUAUCCUGUUAAUUAUUUUCCAUUCCCAUUUUGGAACUAGUGUAUAUAUCUGAAUGUAGCAAGAAUUCCCCCACCAAAACGCAUAUGCAAAACAAAGUGCCCUUAUGGUUGUGGAGCUUGUGGAAAACGAAAAGCUGGUAGUGCUUUUUGCUAUUGAAGGUAGGGAUAGAGAUGGAGUGAUUAGACUGCCAUUGACUGUUGUGGCCUAUUCAGUCACCACUCCUAUUCCCCUUCUCCCCAUAUAAACGUCAACACACAAGAGGCUCAAAAGUAGACAAGAAGCUUUUAUGCAGUUCUUCUACUGCCCCUUCACUACAUUAAUAAAGAAAAGCGACUUGCACUGGAAAACACCCCAUUCACUUGGACUGUAUCACAGGGAUAUUCAGUUAUGUUUGGUUCCCUUCUAAAUUAUACAAUGAGGGUUGGAGGUGGGGACACUCUCUUAAUCUAGCAGUACCAUCUGAACACCCUCAUGAUGUAUAAUCUUAUGAGUUGACAAUUUCCUCUGUAUCCAUGCCAAGAAUUAGAAUACCAAUUAGGAUGAGGGUUUUGUUUAGCCAUGCCCUUUUCUAAUUUAUAAACUUGGGUUCAUGCUGACCUCCUUUUAUGCUGGGAAACUUGUCAACAUCCAUAAUACAGAAGGACAGUCUUAAUAGCCUGCCAGCAGUUAUACCCAGUUAUAAAGAUUGUCAUUCGUCCAAUUUCAUGGAUAUAAUAUCGCAGCAGAAAUUAGAGAGAAAAUUGGUUGGCAUUGCUUUCUUCCCUAAGUGCACCGCUGGGGCUGUCAGAGUCCAUAAAUAAAUACAUUUUGACUGCGUUCAGGGUCAAAUGGAACAGACAAAUUCAUUUCCUGUAAAGGCAAAAAGGAAAGAAGUGGGCAUUUAUCGGCUUCCUAUAUCCAAGUUUAAAAAGAGACUCUUGCAGGUUUUUAUCUGACAGAGAAAGAAGUGUCAUGUUGUUCACCUUCAGUAUACAUUGAAGGACUUGGCAAAAGUGGUCACGUUGGCCCUCAUGGGGAGAAAAGAUCCAGAAUCAUUAAUAUGAGGGCAAUAACUAUUAAUUUAACCAAAGUGUUGCACAAUAGUCUACAAACCUUUAAAAUAUCCAGAAUUUUACAUCAAGCAAGGUGGUAAAGAGGUAAAGGGGCAGGAGGAGUCAGCAGAUGUGGAAACCAUGGAGUCUCCUUUUGGUUUCAGUUUUAGGAUGAAAAAUGGGAAGAGAUAGUAGUAGAUACAUACUGACUCUUAUAUGGAGUAAAGCACAAAACUAAUUUUGGACUUACCACACCUCUGAUUCUAAAUAGAUCUAUAUUAUGUAUAUUUCAAUGUGCUUUAUGGUUUUAAAACAAUAUUAUAAAUGCUUUCUAGAUGUCAUACUUGUACCAUUGCUAUUUUGCUUCAUAUAAUGUUAUCUUAUUUUAUCCUAGCUUCCAUCUCUUUAAUCCUGCACAGGAAAGUCAUGUUUACUUGGUAAUAAAUCCUACGAGGUUAAAUAGAGCACAUUACCUGAUCUCUCAUAGUUGUGUUUAGGUAUGAAGUUUUAACUGUCUCUACUAAAUUAUUUUCAGUGUUGUAGCUAUGUACUGUAUAAGGAAUUGUAAUAAACCAUCUAAGUCUAGAAUUCCUUGCA